AUGGUAAUGCCGCACCCAAGUCAGGAUAUCCGGGACCGCCUAGUCCCGGAGCCUGGGGACCCGCCUUCGGGGUUCCAGCCCCUCACUCGCGGCCGGGCGAGCUGCAGAGCCGGGGCCGAGGCAUGCAGUUUGCAGAAGCUGUUUGCUGUGGAAGAGGAGUUUGAAGAUGAGGAUUUCCUGUCUGCUGUAGAAGAUGCAGAGAACCAGUUUGCUGGCUCACUGCCUGUGAAUGCUGGGUGCCUGAGACCUGUCUCUUCUAAGCCACAGGCCACGGUGCAGGGCCAGUCCUCCAGGUGGCUGCCGUCACACCCCACUGCUCCUUCCAAGACUUCUGGACUCUGCCUUCCUUCCUCUGGCAUGUCCAUGGCUGUCAGGGGCCCGCCUUCCACAGGGGCACCUCCCCUAAGGCCUGUCUUGACUUCCAGCAGCUGGACUAGCCAUCAGAGAAGAGUGAUGCUGACCGAAGUACCCAGAGAGCCAGCAAGACCCCAGUCCUUAGCCCCCUGCCCUGUAUCCACCUUAGAGAGUCCACAUCAGGUGUUUGAUGGCCUCGAGGGGCCUGAGCAAGAUGAAUUUGAUAAGGUCCUGGCAAGCAUGGAGCUGGAAGGGCCUGGCAUGGGGCUGGACCUUGGAGUUAGCAGUGAGAUCACAGGAACCCUGCCCACCUGGCAGGGAGAGGACCCAGUAUUGGCCAAAAAAGCCCGGGUAGCUGAGCUGCGUGGGUCUUGUCCAAAAGGGCCUACACCUGCCACCCGUGCUAGGCAUCAUGGCUUUGUUUCAGUCCAGGGCCAGCCUCUAGAUCCAGCUGUCCACUGUAGGACUCCCCAGCACCACUUGAGACCUGUGACUUCAGGUAACCUUCCUAUCCCAACUGCUUCAAUAGGUGCCACUCAACAGUGCCACUGGGGAGUCUGUGCCAAAGACCCCCCUCUUCAAGCACCUCAGCCUGUCCAAGCUGCUAGUGGUCUUGUUCAGUGCAGCCCUCAAAACCGUUUCUCUCGUCAGUCAUUCCAGUCUCCAGGUGCCCAGUUAAGUGGCAAACCUCGAUUUCCUGGACGACAAACACCCAACUCAGGCUGUUCUACUCUGUCGAGGGCUCCCUCUGGAUUCUGUCCCCAGGGGCUCUUAGAACCCCAAACUCUGGUGGCACCUGCCGAGUCUCCUGUUGGCACCCCAAAGGGCCUGCAUUCCUCCCUGGCUCCCCAGGCAGCUCUGCAGAUGCCUGUAGUCACCAACCACCUGGUGCAGCUGGUCUCUGCUGCCAGCCGGACGCCACACCCUCCCACCCACACUGCCACCCAAGCCAAAGCCCGUCGCUUCCCUGGCCCAGCAGGGCUCCUGCCACACCAGCAUAAUGGGAAAAAUCUGGAGGAGAUCAUGGUUUCCACGCCCCAGACUCCGACUCACGGUGCUGUGGCUAAAUUCCGUACAGAGGUUGUUGCAGGUUCCCAGUCAUCUGCAGAGGAUGAUUUUGGACGAGGGCCCUGGCUGACCAUGAAAUCUGCUCUGGGCCUGGAUGAGAGAGACCCGACAUGCUUCCUCUGUACCUAUAGCAUCAUCAUGGUGUUGCGGAAGGCCGCCCUGAAACAGCUGCCUAGGAAUAAGGUCCCCAACAUGGCGGUGAUGAUCAAGUCCCUGACCCGGAGCACAAUGGACGCCAGCGUGGUUUUCAAGGACCCCACAGGGGAGAUGCAGGGGACAGUGCACAGGGUGCUGCUGGAGACACAUCAGAAUGAGCUGAAGCCGGGCUCCGUGCUGUUGCUAAAGCAGAUUGGAGUGUUUUCUCCUUCACUCCGGAAUCACUACCUCAAUGUGACGCCAAACAACCUGGUCGACAUUUACAGCCCAGAUUCAGGGGACGGGAACUUCCUCAAGCCAUCUCAGCCCUUCCCCAAGCCUGUGCUAGGUGACAGGGGCCCUACACAGAACUCUGCUGGGGACCCCACCUUCAGGAACUUGGGAGGUGGUCUGAGUGGAGGCGGUACCAUCGAGAGGGAUCUCAGGAGCACAGGCAAUAGUAACAAGAUCCUCUGUCCCCAGGAUCCAGGAAGUAUCCAUGGCCACCUCCAACGUGAUGUGGACGUGAAGUCCGAGGAAGACCCCAGAACAGCACAGAACCCAGGGGCAAGAGUGUUCCCCAAAGAGCUCUCAGAAGCAGAUGACCUGGACGGGCUCCUGAGUGAGCUCCCCGAGGACUUCUUCUCUGGGACCAGUAGUUGGGACUGCCCUAAGGCAGGGCCCCCACCGUGA